UGGCAGUCUGGCCGCAAAGUAUCCACAAAGUAAUUUUUCUUGGUGAGAAUUAACAAAGAAUUCCUUGAGUCAAUUCUUCCGGCCAACGCAACCAUCGAAAAUGAAGCUGGCCUGAAUCGGUGGCUAGAACCAAGCCCAAACUAGAAGUGAAUUAACGCCAAGUCCGCGAAGCUUGUGCAAUUUGCAAACAGCGGGCAGUGGAACCGAACUGCGACGCACCGCUGCUGUGUAUGCUGUGAGGUGCAAAGAGAGGAGUCGGGUGUUGGGCAGACGGGAGAAUGGAGCAAAACUCCAAUAGCGCCACCGUGGAGAUGUUUGCGGAGGAGGGAAGUACGGCCCGGUUUGUGGGAGGUACGACGACGGAGGCUGAGUUUGGCAUUGAGAACUGCUCGGGAUCCGCUUCGGGCAGCGACACAGUCAGCGCCAACCAUGAGUUCCAGACGAUGAAGCCUGGUCCGGGAGUGGUGCACAAGCUGCCGCCGGCGACAAGCAACGGCCGCACACGCUCCGAGUUGCCGCACAGUGAACUGGUCAAGAUGCUCUACUAUCUGGAGGGGGAGCUACAGGCUCGGGAUGUCUGUAUAGCUGCCCUAAGGAACGAGCGAGUGAAGCAGCUCAUCGCCCAGCUGCGCACCAAGCGGCUCCAGCCAAACGACCCCUACGCGGCCAUCUUCCGGGACAAAAUCGCUCUGAAUGGCAAUCUCAUUUCCCGGGAAUCCUCCACACAGGCGGCUCAGGCGGAGAUGGAGGUGCGACAGAUUAUUGAGCAGCAGAUGGAGCAACAGUACCAGAUGGUCAGCAAACAGCGGGCAACGCACGUGCGCAUGGUAAACAUACUGACCGAGUCGCUGGAGAACAACCAGCGCAUGCUGCAGGAACUGGAAGAGGAGAAGCGGAAGCACGAACACGAUACUGCACAGGGCGAUGAUAUUACCUAUGGACUGGAGAUGGAGCGCUCCAAGCUGAAGCAGGACCUCGAGGAGGAGCGGGCCCAGGUGGCCAAGAUGGAGAAGGAUCUGAAGAAGCUGCAGGAAACGCUGGAGUACGAGCGCAACAGGCAAAAGCAAAUCGUGCUACUGCUGAUUGCUGAGCGCAAGAAGAUCUUGAUGAAGUACAUUGAAGAAGGUAAACGGUCUGAGGACUUGGCUCAAAUCCUGGCGGAGGAGAAGCAACGCUCGGACACAAUAGCCGAGGGCCUGGAGGAGGAGAGUAAAAAGUCGCUGCGCAUGGAGGAGGAGCUUGAGAAGCAGACCCAGUCCAUGGAGCUGGAACGCAAAACGUUAUUGGCCAAGCUGGCCAAGGAGGAGAUGCGCGUUAAGGAGCUGGAGCAGGAGCUGAAUGUGCUACGCGGCGAGCACGAGGCCCUUAAGAAGCAGCAGCCCCUGGGGGGCAGCGGCUCGUCCGUGGCCACUGCCACCGCCAAGGCGCGACAAUUCAGCGACGAUGCCUGUGCCACACCACCCAUGGUGAACAUCGCGAAGAUCGUGCAACCAACCGCUACGGUGAGCAGUAUGCCGGUUUCGGGACCGCAGACUGGUAUCGCUCGAUCCAUAGCGCCGGGCCAGAACAUCCGAAGUGCUGGGAUCGCCACAGCGCCCACGGGCACGGCCACAGCAGCCGUAGCACAACUAGCGUCGGCGGCCGUCCUUAAUCACACCACCACCACCAACAAUACCACAGCCAAUAGCACAGGCAGCGGAAGCAGCAACGUUGGAGUACCCACAACCAUAGCGGCCGAAACGGCUGCUAGCGUCCCCGUUCCCGUGGUGGCUCCACCCUCUCCUUCGCCGGCCAAGAUGCAGCCUACGGCUACCAUUCAACGUGCCCCUGGCGGCAAGUAUGCCGCUUUGGCAGCGGCAGCUGCUCUUGACCAGACGGCCACACCACCGCAUCCCCAUCCCGUGCCCAUUGCAGUGCCGCCAGUCACGGUGCCACCGGCGGGAGCACGCGGCGCUCCGCCACCUAUACCGACCAAGCCGAUCGUUCCGCCAAAACGGGAGCCAUCGCUCUCCCGGCUGGGCUCCAUUACGGGCAGCAGCAGUGCCAUAGCAGCGGCUGCCACUGUAGCUGUAGCGGCCACCGCCACUACCACGGCCACGGCGUCGACAAGCGUGGCCGCUGCUGCUGGUGCGGCAGCGACCGCGAAGCAUAAUUAGAAGACAGGCACUCACUCCACUCAGAUCCGCAUAUUUAAUCGAUAUAUUGGCGUAACGUAAGUGAAAUACUCAAACGGCGUAGUCAGUCGUCGUCAUCCCUCAAUGACCGCGCGCUAGGCAACAGGGUCUUCCAUCUCGAACUGCCACAGACAGACAGCUUCCAAUCCUCCGAAGAAAUUCUGCUCCCUAAUAAUGUUAUUUAAGCAAAAAGUGUACUACUUAAACCUACUUAAAAGUCAUGCUAGUCUAUUAACGAUCACUGAAAGAAUACUGAUUGAAACUACCAUUAUUAAAUUUCAAAUUCCUAAUUCUUAAAGUUUAUUAUAAAAUUUCACUUCUAAAAAAUGUGUUUAAUUGUAGAAUCUCCUUAGAUUUUCACUGUGAAACAUUUCGUGGUAAAUAAUAUUAAAACACAUUUAUUAAGGUGAAAUUUAAGUGUACGUUUAUAAAAGUGCAUAGUUUCUUCACCUCCUGUUUCGUUGAGCUCCUUCCCAACUCCUGUGCAAUGUCAGUUCGGGAUUGGAAUAAAUGUAAUGUCUAUAAAUGUUUCAUUAUUCUCCUCUGUUGCCUAGUGUGUUCGAUAUAAUGAUAAUAAUUUGGCAUGUCAAGUGAGUAGGAUCAAAGUUUGUUAGGCAUUAAUUAGAAUGAUGACCGACCCCCAGCGGCUACUUAUCUAAGUCUAGUUUAGUUAUUAUUUUGUUUUUUUACCAAGCAAAUGAUGAUAAAUUUUAUAUAUAUACACACAUAAUGCCGUUGGCGGUCCGAGAAACUGGAUGGCCAAAGUGGUUGUGUGUAGUGGCCAAGCCAAGCCAAGAGACAUGCGAGUUUAAUUGUAAUUCCGUACGUUUGUAGUGACCGAACAUUUGUACAAGGCCGUGCGAUUCUCAUAACGAUAAAAACCAGAAACCAGAAUAAUAUAUAUAGUAACUAUAUACGAUACCCACAGAUAUAUAUGUAUGUAUUACCCCUGUGCUCUGUGCGUUGUUUAAAAUAGUUCUUAGGCGUGUAAACUUCCUCCUCUGUGCAGCUAAAGUACUUGGUAGUGAUUGAUUUUAAUCUUGUUUUAAGUUAUAUAUGAUUUGCCAGCCCAGCCCAGCUCCAGCCUAGCCUAGCAGAUUCCAGAAAAAGGUAUCCUAUAGACACACCGUUUACACUCGUAUAUAGAUUAGAAUGCUGUGGAGAGCUGCUUUUUGUGAACUUCUCUCCAGCUUGGAUUUCCUUGAAGUCGGCAGGUGGCAUACAGCAGCAGCCAGUCACGUAG